CGCACGCCGAGUACACACCGCUGAGAGGAACAUGGCGUUGGCAAAAUAACCGCAGUGAAAAGAUUAUGUAGCUACCUAAAUAAAACAUAACAUAUCGUUGUUUAAUUUUUUCCCUUCAUAAAAUCAUUGGACUCGCGUCAGAAACGUAGGCUCGAAAUCAUGACUACCUGGUCGGAAAAAAUGCUCCAGGUGCUACGCCGAAUGAAUAACUUUUAUUCGCCAGGCUCCAGUCGCACCACAUGCCUUCGGUUUGAGGUGGGAGGAGAGCAAGUUGGGUGGGUGCCUUCCAAAGUGGCGUCCAUUUUGAGUAGAUUUCCAGAGGUCUUCAAUCCACCACAAGGUGGCGCUAUUACUCUGUGCCAAAAUCUUGACUCCUAUGGGAGGAGGUCAGAUGCUGUAGAUUCUGUUCUUCAGUCACUUAGGAGGGAAGGCUUGUUGACUGUCUUGAAAGGAUGGAGAGAUGAGAAGUAUGAAGUAAUGCCCAGAUUCUGCGACACUCCACUAAUGUGUAUGGAGAGAUCUGCCACAAGCCUUUUUGGAGUGAAACGGUAUGGAGUCCAUAUUAAUGGGUACUGCCAGGGUGAAAAUGGGGAACUCAGGAUGUGGGUGGGACGGCGAUCCAUGACCAAGCAGACCUACCCUGGAAAACUGGACAACCUGGCAGCUGGGGGACUAGCAGCAGGUAUCUGUGUGAAAAACACCCUGAUCAAGGAAUGUGAGGAGGAGGCCUGCAUCCCAGAAGACAUAGCAGAGACUGCCCGCCCCGUGAGCACAGUGAGCUAUACUUAUGAGGAUGAGGAAGGGGUGUUUCCUGAAAGCCAGUUUGUGUUCGACUUGGAGCUACCUCCUGAGUUCAAGCCUAAGAUAGGGGAUGGGGAGGUUCAAGAGUUCUACCUCUACUCCGUGGACAAGGUUAAAGAACUGCUGAUCAGUGACGACUUCAAGCCCAACUGUGCCAUGGUGGUCCUAGACUUCCUCAUCAGACAUUCCUACAUACAGCCUGAUACAGAGCCCUAUUACCAGGAGUUUGUUGCUGGACUCCACCACACUUUGUAAAUACUGAAGUGAAAAAUGUUACAUGAGGGAUGGCCAGGAGAUGCACUCCUUUCUAGAUGCCAUGAUCUAUUCUGUCAAAUGUUCAAUCUUGUACUGUUUUUUAACAGAAUCGUGAAUAAAUUCCAUUCACAUCUUGGGAUUUUGUGUUGAGGCAUGAAGCAUGAAAGAACGACAACCAACCAUUCCCUAUAACAAUUUAUUUUCUUAAGAGUACUUUUAAAAAGAGGACUGCGGAAAUGUGAGGAUGCAUUUGUAUACAAAAGACCUCCCACACAAAUGACUAAGAUAUUAUUUAAAGAAAUUACUUGUGUUUAAUAGUAUGACAUAUUGUCAAUAUUUUUCAUGGAUUACUAAGCAUUUUCCAUGUUAUUUUUUAAACUCAUCCUAAAGUUACUAAUUUUUGCAAAAUAUGCACAACUGAUACAGGAUAGGCCAGUAGACUCUCACAAGGUUAAACAUACAGUACAAGAGGGGAAAAACAGGAAGACAUACAGUUUUAGAAAGACGGCCUGGAGGGAGUGAGCAAUAGGGCACAUUAUAAACCCACUCAAAACCCACUCCCAAUAAUAGCCUG